UACCUAAAAAAUUGUAAAAAAUAAAAUAAGAAGAGAGAUGUGGGAGGUAAGAAUUACACUAUUUUUUACUCGUAACAUUUUUCAAUUUUUCAUACGUUACAUUUUUUUUCCUCUUAAAAUGGAGCCAAAAUGAAUUCAAUUUCCAUGGGUUACAUUUUGAACUUUUUCCGGAUAAAACGGACUUGGCGAGGGAACAGCCUGGUGAAACUGUGGAAGAGCCAAGACCAAAAACGAAAUAGAAGAAGAGGAAGCGAGGAAGAGGUUUGCAUGAAACAGUUUGAAAGAGAUGGCCGCCAUUGAUGGAGGCACGACAAGAUUUGGUGAAUGCUGUCAGUCACGGCGGACUCGCAGUCUCAGCCGUUACCCCUAAAACCUGCAAGAAAUUCCGCGCCCAGAAAUGGAUUUGGAAACAGCUCGGAUCUGCACUCAGGAGCUCCUGAAGAAGUUGAACUUUCUUCUAGGGCUAAUCGGGCUCAUCAUCCUUGGAUAUGCUUUCUGGAAGUACAGAACCUUCAUGGACAACGGCUCAGUGAGCCCAGAUGUUCACCCUAGCCUCUGGUUCCUAUAUACUUCUGCAGGCAUUGCAGUUGCUUUGUUCUGCUUGGCCUACUUAGGGCAUGCAGGUGCAGAGACUGCAAAUACAAAUUGCUUGAGCUUUUAUAUGGUUCUGCUAUUUAUUCUCUUCCUUUUGGAGUUUCGUCUUGAGACAUAUACACUCUUACACCCUGAUUGGAAAGAGGGCUUUCCUGAGGACCCAACCGGGGCCAUUGAUGAGAUCAGUGAUUUUAUUGCUAAUAACGAUGGACUUUACCAAUUGGCUGUCCUGUUAGUAAUAGUUAUCCAGUCAGAGUGUGCAGCUAUGGCACUGAUUCUCAAAACCAUUGUUGAGCGUAACAACAAUAACGAGAGUGAUCCAAUUCCAGUGGGUGGCUUACACUUGCAACCUUAUUAUCGUGUUACGUUCCGUUGAUAGCGCAAUUUCGAUCUCUAGAUAUACAACAAGAAGAAUGAAGUGAAGAGCAGGUUCGGAUGUCUCUGGCGCAUUGCUAAGUAUAGAAUGUACCCAGAUGAAUAAUGUGUGUAUUGUAUUAUUUGCAUAUUCUAUUCUUUAUGGUGUAAGACUGUUUUGUUUCCUGAGAAUGAAUUGUGACCAUUUUU